AUGGCAUCUGUCAAGGAGCAGCUUAUACAGAAUGUGUCUAAGGAUGAGAUUGUCUCCCAGAGGAAGAUCACCAUUAUAGGAUCGGGUGCCGUAGGCAUGGCGUGUGCUAUCUCUGUCCUACUGAAGGACUUGACGGAUGAACUUGUCCUUAUUGAUGUUGUGGAGGAAAAGCUGAAGGGCGAAAUGAUGGAUCUGCAGCACGGCAGCCUUUUCCUUAAUACUCGGAAGAUUACCUCUGGAAAAGAUUAUGCUUUAUCUGCAAACUCCAAACUCGUUAUUGUGACAGCAGGAGCAAGGCAGCAGGAAGGAGAAACUCGCCUUUCUCUGGUCCAGCGUAAUGUGAAUAUCAUGAAAUCAAUCAUUCCCUCUGUUGUCCAGCACAGUCCUCAGUGUAAUAUUCUUGUUGUUUCAAAUCCAGUGGAUGUGUUGACAUAUGUGGUCUGGAAAAUAAGUGGACUUCCUGUGGCUCAUGUGAUUGGAAGUGGUUGUAAUCUAGACUCUGCCCGCUUCCGUUACCUAAUUGGAGAGAAGUUGGGCAUCCAUCCGACCAGCUGCCAUGGUUGGGUUCUUGGAGAACAUGGCGAUUCCAGUGUGCCCAUAUGGAGUGGUGUGAAUAUUGCUGGUGUUCCUCUCAAGCUUCUGAACCCCCAACUAGGAACUGAUUCAGAUAAAGAGAAAUGGAAACACGUCCAUAAACAAGUUGUUCAAAGUGCCUAUGAGGUCAUCAGGCUGAAGGGGUACACCUCGUGGGCCAUUGGACUGUCUGUGGCAGAUAUGUCAGCAACGAUUUUAAAAAACCUUAGGCGAGUACACCCCGUUUCCACUAUGAUUAAGGGUUUAUACGGGAUAAAAGAAGAGGUCUUUCUCAGUGUCCCUUGCAUCCUGGGGCAAGGUGGCGUCUCAGAUGUUGUGAAAGUGAAGUUGAAUCCGGAGGAGGAGAACCUUUUAAAGAAGAGUGCAGACACCCUUUGGGAUGUCCAAAAAGAUCUGAAAAUUUAA